AGAGUAGGGAGAGGUAGAACUCAACUCACAGGCAGGACAGAGAGAGAGAUACCCAGUGAAGACCUCUGAAGAUCUCCGAAGAAGUGAAGCUACAACGGAACAUUUCAGGAGACUAUCACCAUGGCGAUGUUGACCAUUCUUCUGCUUCUCAGCGCUGCCUUUGCACUGGGGGAUACCCUAACUCUGGACGAAGCAAAUGCUAUGGUGGCAUCUUCAGCAGAUAAAAAAAGCCCAUGCCCCAUAGGCUGGUUCCAGUUUAAUUCACGCUGCUUCAUGUUUGUUAAGACUGCAAGGACAUGGCCUGAAGCAGAGCGCCACUGUAUGUUCCUUGGAAGAAAACUGACGUCUGUGCAGAACACUGUGAAGUACCUUGGAGCAAACCUGGCGUCUGUGCACAGCUCUGUGGAGUCCCAAUUUCUACAGGCUGUGGUGUUGAUCAAGACUGGCGAUUUCCCUCUGACCUGGAUUGGAGGAUAUGAUGCUGUUCAGGCAAAUGUGGAAAAGGUACCCAAUUGUCAUAUUUGAGUAAAAGUUAAAAUA